AUGCUUGGUACUCGAAUCCGGGCCCUGAAGGAGGCCGCGCGAAAUGACGACAAUCUCAAUCGAUUUCUUAGUCUGGCAAGAGUCUUCUUGCCCAGACUACCCAAAGCCACUGCAAAUUACGUAGCAGCUAAGGUACCAGUUGUACAAUGGUCCCCCAAAUAUUCCUUGUCGUGGCUAUGGAACGAUCUGGUUGCCGGAAUCACAAUCGGAAUUCUCCUAGUUCCGCAAAGUCUUGCCUACGCCAAAGUGGCUAAUAUCCCUGCCCGCUAUGGCCUCCUCUCCAGCUGGCUGCCAACCCUAAUCUACGCCAUCAUGGGAACGUCCAAAGAUGUCACUGCCGGCCCGACGGCCAUCAUGGGUCUGCUCACGGGGGAAAUCGUCACGGAUCUUGUCAAGGAAGCCUACGCAGCUGAAUCAAUCGCCACGGCAGCUGCAUUCUGGGUCGGCAUCUACUCGUUGAUCCUCGGGCUCUUUCGACUGGGCUUCCUCCUCGAGUUCAUCCCGUUGCCUGUCCUCUCGGGAUACGUGUCCGGCGCGGCCAUCACCAUCAUUCUGCAGCAGCUGAAGGGCCUCUUCGGCGAGGGCAAGUCUGCCAGUGACACCGCCGGCGUGAUCCGGGUGUUCUUCCAGCGCCUUCCUUAUACUAAUUGGCGGGCGUUCCUGAUGGGAUUCUCCAGCAUCGUUCUGCUGGUGCUUCUGCAAUUUGUCGGCCGCAAAUGGGGCAAGAAAUAUCGCAGCCUUUGGUAUCUUUCAAUUGCACGCAACGCUCUCGCCCUCAUCCUCUUCACGGCCGUCAGCUGGGGAGUGAACAAGUCGAACGAGAACGAUCCCCUAUUCGGUAUCUCGCAAGUCACCGGCACAGGCAUCAUCCCCCCGUCUGUGCCAGACUCCCCACUCCUCGUCAAGACCGCCGGCCGCAGCAUCGCCGUCUUCCUAGCCGCGGCCCUCGAACACCUCGCCAUUGGCAAAGCCUUCGGCCGCCGCCACGGCUACGUCAUCGAGCAAGACCAAGAACUCAGUUACAUCGGCGUCGCCAACCUCGUCGGCAGCUUCUUCGCCAGCAUGCCCGUCACGGGUGGAUUCUCGCGCACGGCCGUGAACUCAGAGUCCGGGGUAAAAAGCCCCCUGAGCGGACUCGCCACGACAGCCUGCGUGCUCGUCAGCAUCUACAAGCUCACCGACGCAUUCUACUGGAUCCCCUCGGCGACCCUGGCGGCCAUCAUCAUCGUCGCCGUGUGGCAGAUCGUCCUCCCUGUGCGGGUCUUCUGGCAUUACUGGAAGACCUCGUUUGCGGAUUUCGUCGGCAGCAUGGUCGCUUUCUGGGUGACGCUUUUCGUGGACGUCGAGAUCGGCAUCGCUGCGGCUGUCGGGUAUAGUAUUGUCUACGUGUUGUUGCAGCUGGCGUUCGCGCCGGUGGAUAUGGUGACGAGUGAGAAUUAUCAUCAACUGUAUCCGGAGUCUGUGGUUGGCUCUACUGCCCACGGUCUACGCUCGAGACUUCCGGACGAUACGAUGGUCUUUGUUCUCCGUGGCUCGGUCCUUUAUAUGAAUGCGGCGCGCAUUGCCCGUCAGAUCACGGAGCAUAUCUAUACGUAUAGUUCUGGGAUUCACGAAAGACCAUCAUCUACCGCCACAACUCCUAUAUCAAACCAUCAUCACCACAACACGCCCAACCCCAAAUCUAACCCCUCGAAAAGACUCUGGAACGACACUCAAACCCGACACAUCGCCCACCUCCGCAAAGCCGCUGGCACCUCAACCUCCCACUCCGUCUCUGGACCAGAAGAUCGCGAAACCUGUCUUCCGCCCCUCCGCACCGUCAUCCUCGACAUGACCCGCGUCACUCACAUCGACACGAGCGGGAUGCAAGCUCUCGCAGACACCCGCGCCACGGUGAAAGGAUGGGCAGGGGAAGACGCGGAACUGGUCUUCGUAGGGUUGCAUGAGAGGGUGAGGGAGCGGUUUGAGAGGGCAGAUAAAUGCUUUGUCAGAGAGAGGAGUGAGGGUGAGAAUGGGGUACGGGAUCAGGGAUAUGUAGUGUUUGAUGUUUUGCAGACGGCGUUGCUUAGUACCACUUCCUCCACUUCUUCUUCUGUUGCUACUCCUAAGACUAAUACAGAUAUCGAGUUGAGACCAGAGGAGAGGGAGGAGUAUAGAGUGGAGUCGGGGGUUGUUUGA